AUGGCUCCUACCGAGUCAAAGAAGCGCCUGGCGCUAGCUAUCAUUGAUUUCCUCAACGCCAGCGUGAAAGAUGGCACCCUUACAGCAGAUGACGCUGAGUCCAUCGAGAUUGCCCAGUCAUGCAUUGCGGACACAUUCAAGGUUGACCCGUCCGAUGAGGCCGCUGUGAAGGAAGCCCUAGGUGGACAGUCGCUCGCUAGCAUCUACAGCGUCUACGAGAAGCUUCGCAACAAGGGUGACGCUGCCGGUUCCUCGAGUGAACCCCAGGCUGAGAAGAAGCCCCAAGCUGGCACUCCCACCCCCGAGUCUGACAAGUUAAAGUCCGAGGGUAACGCCGCCAUGGCACGUAAGGAGUACAGCAUUGCCAUUGAUCUUUACACAAAAGCCCUGGCCAUCGCCCCGGCCAAUCCCAUCUACCUCUCCAACCGUGCUGCUGCAUACUCCGCAUCCGGACAGUCUGAGAAGGCCGCGGAGGAUGCCGAGCUUGCAACUACCGUUGACCCCAAGUACUCCAAGGCCUGGAGUCGCCUGGGUCUCGCCCGAUUCGACUUGGCCGAUUACCACGGAGCCAAGCAAGCCUACGAGAGUGGUAUCGAGGCCGAAGGUAAUGGUGGAAGCGAGGCCAUGAAGAGGGGCCUUGAGACCUCUAAGAAGAAGAUCGAAGAGGCUAGCCGCGGGCCUGAGCCUCCUGCAGACUCCGUUGACGAUGCACCUGGUGCAUCCCGCGGUGGCGGCGGUGGUGGCAUGCCUGACCUCUCUUCCCUCGCUAGCAUGCUCGGCGGUGCUGGUGGUGGCGGCGGCGGCGGCAUGCCUGACCUCGGAUCUAUGAUGAACAACCCUAUGUUUGCUAGCAUGGCCCAAAACCUCAUGAGCAACCCGGAAGCACUCAACAACCUGAUGAGCAACCCCCAGCUACGACAAAUGGCCCAGAACUUUGGCCAAGGCGGUGGUAUGCCGGACAUGUCAAGCUUGAUGAGCGACCCAAGCAUCGCUGAUAUGGCCCGGAAUUUCAUGGGCGGUGGUGCUGGGCGCGGUGGUGGAUCUCAAUAG